AUGGCGAACAGAAGAGCAUCUGGCAUCCCUGGACUCAACCCCACCGAUGACAAAGAUGGGAACCUCCAGGACAUCGUGGACAGAGGCAGUCUGCACGACUUCCUCCGCAGCCUCCAUGAGGAGUACGGCUCGGUCGCCUCCUUCUGGUUCGGCGGGCGGCCCGUGGUCAGCUUGGGCUCCGUGCGGCAGCUGCAGCAACACAUCAACCCCAACCACACCACGGACUCCUUUGAGACCAUGCUGAAGUCCCUGCUGGGGUACCGCUCGGGGACGGGGCCCUCAGAGAGCGUGGUGAGGAAGAAGAGCUACGAGAACGCCAUCGACCACACGCUGAAGCACAACUUCCUCCUGGUGCAGAAGCUGGUGGAUGAGCUGGUGUCUAAGUGGUCCGGCCUCCCCUCGGACCAGCACACCCCCCUCUGCUCUCACCUUCUGGGGCUGGCCCUGAAGAGCGUGACGCAGCUGGGCCUCGGCGAGCGCUUCCAGGAGGACGCUCGGGUCAUUGGCUUCAGGCGGAACCAUGACGUGGUACAGUCCGCUCGCCGUUAUUCAGAUUUAUGA